UAUAUAUAUCACCGCGUUCGUCUCGACGCGAGGAUUUCAGAUCUGAAAACCUUUUUACGAGUUGCAUCUCCUAACUCCGUAGAUCUGAAGUCAAAGUUCGGUCUUCGUCAAACUCCGGCGAGCUUUUCCGGCGAAAACCGACACCACCAUGGAGUUCCUCUCUUCGAGCUCUACGCCGUGGUGUGGUGGAUUGCAUGAAUCCGAUGUCGGCUCCGUCGUCUUCCCCAACUCCGGCGAGCUUUUCGGCCGUCAUUGUUCAUCUCUGACCGAAAGAACCGUGACCAUGCUCCUGUUUCUCCGGUUUCUGUUCGUGCGCACGCCGCUGUGCGCCAUCACCGGCCGUGCGCCUGGCUCCUGGCCCGGCCACCGCCGCCUGCACCACCCACCCGAAGCCCCGCCGCACCGGAGCCCCGGCAGGCCGACGGCCAGGAGCUGCGCCAUGCUCCUGGCGUGAGGAGGAACGCCACUUUUCAAUCUAGCCCCUGGAGAAUCUGUUAAUUUUUGUUCAUAUUUCUUGUGUCUUUCAAACCUUAUAGAAAACCCCCUGUAACUUUCAGUUCCUUGCAAUCUGAUCCAAGCCAUCCUCUUUUGCAGAUCUAACCCCGAAGAUCCAUCUAUUCGCAGUGACUAUUCUCUGAGUCUUGGUAAUCUUCUCAGCUAACCCUCCAAGUCUACGGUUAAUUAUGUUUAGGCCCCUACAACCUUGUUUAACCCAUAGAUUCUACGUUUUAAUUCCGUUUUUAUCCGUUCAA